AUGUCUUGGUCUCAAGUUUCCGAGAACCGGUGGAAACGCCCUGGCAACGGCCUAGAGGGGUUCUUCCAUGUCAUGGAGAGCACUUCAAGCUCUCACUGUGAAGGCCGUCAGCACUUUACUAUUUUCUCCCGUCUGAAGAUUGACAUACAAAGUCUGGCUACCGACUUGGAGGUGCAAGAUAAGCUGCGAUAUGCGUGGAAGCAAUUACGCUAUGAGCAGCCACAGAUUGCAGUCACCACGGAAGGCUUUGACAAGAUCUAUGAGGUCCCUGAUGAAGCUGGUAUCGAAUCGUGGUUGGAUAGGACAUUCAUUGUGUCCGAUGUGAUUGAUGGCGAUGUUAUUGGAAAUGAGGGAGCCACUAUUAAGCAGGCCACCCUCUACUAUCUCCCAGAGGCUUCACAGCUUGUUCUUCGCGCUGCCCAUUCUAUUAUUGAUGGCGUUGGUACAAUCCUUCUGUGGGAUUCCUACCUCACUGCUCUGUUCAAUCCAAACCCCAACCUGAAGUUUGGCUCUGGAGAAGAAUGUCUCCGCUUGCCGCCUUCCUUGGAUGUGGCAUUGGGACAUCCCGAGACUCUACCAGAGGAGACUGUAGCCAAGGGAAUGGAGUUAUUUGGCGAGGCAGUGAGCCUCAUGCCAGGUGUUGGGCCUGUGAAUAAAGUCGGUACUGUUCCUUCUGGGCCAUCACAAAGGCGUGAAUCUGAAUACUCCAAAAAAACAACAAAAGCUAUUGUGGAGGCCUGCAAACAGAAUGGGUACAGUGUUACCGCAGCUAUACACGCCGCCUUCGUCUUGACAAUAGUCAAACAUGCCGAUCCUGCCCAACUCUCUGACCCGAAAAGCUCCAAGUAUGUUACUGUGAACAGUUUCAACUUGCGUUCCCACCUCCCGGAGUCAUAUAGCCAGUUUGCAGCAGCUGUCUAUUACACCACUUGGCCUUUGAUCGUUGACAGACCGGACAAGUUCAAAUUUGAGGAGCUUGUACGUCUCAUUGAUGAGAAAUACAAGACCUCUUUCAAUGACAAUCCAGAAAAUAUUGCUCUAUGUGGCGCUGUUAAUAAUGCUCUCUGUGACAUUGUCAAGACUCCAGAGUUCUGGGCUGCGCCUCCUUCCCGUGAUGCCCUAGUUAGCAGCCUUGGUAUUGUUGAGCGCUAUUUACAGCAAUCUUAUACUCCUGCUGAUGAAGCCUCUCCGGAUAACAAGAACGGCAUUACCAAGGUCACUGUUGAAGACUUCAAGUUUGGCACUGAGACCAUCCUCGGGCAAAGUAUGCUCUUCCUCUAUACUUUCCGUGACCGGCUGCGAGUGGUUUUCGGCUUCAAUGAAGCUUAUGAAGACGAAUCACACGUUCAGACCUAUCUAGAAGAUAUGCAAAGCAUUCUCUUGGAGGGGCUUCAAGUUGUGGCUUAG